AAACAAAGAAAUUCCUCCCCAUACUUCCCCUACCCGAGUGCCAACAACAUAAACCUCCAUUACAUACGCACAAAUUUUGAAAACGAAUUAAAGAUGAUGAAUCUCUUGGCCCUUUCUCUUGUUUUAUCUUCGUUGUUUGCUGCCCAAGUAUGGUCUCCAAGCCCAGCAUCUGGGAGUCACCACCACAAUCAGAAAAAAGAGGAGGAUGUCAUAGUUAAAGAAGGUCACAGGAUCAUUGUUGUAGAGACUUAUGACGAAGAUGGCCAGCACAAUACCAAAGUCUCUAUCUCUCCUCCUCAAGACUCUGUUUCCACCGCCGAGCAUGGCAAGUUCCCGUCUGGGAUUCUCGACAGCGCCAAAGAAAAGGUGAAGCAAGCUGCACAGGAGAUGCCAAAUAUUGGGCAAGGCGUUUCUGAUUCUUAUCCCGAUACUAAAUCCAGUGAAGGACGAGGUCCUAGAGAGCUUAUAUGCGAUGCUUUUGGGAAAUGCACUCACAAAAUUGCUAGAGCUAUUGAUAAAGCUAAAGAGCAGGUUUCGCAGAAGGCACAUGAAGCGGUGGCUCAAAAGAAAGAGUUGGCUCAUGAAGCUAAAGAGAGAGUAGAAGAUGCAUAUGAAAAGACAAAGGAGACUGCGUCUCAUAAAGCCCAUGAAGCCAAGCAAGCAGUAGAAGAUGCAUACGAGGUAGCCAAGGAAACUAAGGAAAGUGCAGAACAAGCUGCAGAAGAUGCAUAUAGGAAAGCCAAGGAGUCUGUGAUCCACAAAGCUCAUGAAGCCAAAGAUACAGGGAAGACUAUUGGGAUGGAAGCAGCAAGAAAUGCCCCCGAGAUAGUGGAGGAAGUAAAAGAAAGCACAGGACAAGCCAAAGGCCGAGUCAGUAGACUUUUAAGCCAUAUGGGUUCGGCCGUGGGACUCAAUUCUUUGAUGAGGGUGGUGAAUCUGCUAGGUUUCGCUACGGCUUAUGGGAUGUGUGUGUGGGUUACAUUAAUUUCGAGCUACGUUUUGGCCGGUGCUUUGACGAGGCAUCAGUUCGGGAUUGUUCAGAGCAAGAUAUAUCCAGUCUAUUUCAGGGCCUUGGCUUAUUGUAUUGGAGCAGCAUUAUUGGGGCAUGUACUUGGGCAGAGAAAGAAGCUUUUUACCAGCAAGGCGGAGAUGUUCCAAUUGUACAAUCUUCUUGCAUCGGUUUUGCUGGUUCUGAUCAAUUCUCUGUACUUAGAGCCUUUAUCUACGAAGGUGAUGUUUGAGAAACUAAAGCUUGAGAAGGAAGAAGGUAGAGGAAGAGAGAGCCCAAGUGGGGACGGCGGCAGAAGGGGAGAGGCGCAGCCAGUCACAGCCACAGCUGCCGCACCAGUGGCAGAUAAUCCAGGAGCAAGGGAAUCCAGUUCAAGACUGAAUAGAGAGAAUGAGAGGCUGAAGAAGCUAAAUUCAUAUUCUUCCUUGCUGAACACAGUGACCCUGAUGGCUCUCAGUUGGCACUUGGUGUACCUGGGCCAGAAACUCCAUGCAACUUGUUAAGAUGAUAGAUUUUGCCGAGACUCUGUAUUGUAUGUAAUAUUAUUAAAUGGAACAUAUGUAAAUUAUAAUCUAUGAUUUAAGUAGCUUGAGCUGUAA